AUGUCGCGACUGUCCCGGUUAUUUGACAAGUCUAAACAGACUCUACCCGUUACCUCGGCAAGCCCAGACGGCCCUGCCUGGACUGAGGUCGGCAAUGCCGCCGAUCACCUUCCAGCAGAGCUUGAAUCUCUCUACUGGACUGGGGUCAACAAAGAGCUGGACUGUAUUGUUUCUACUCUACGACGAUGGCAGCAACCCCAUUUCCAGCACAUUCAACCCGACGCAGACAAUACACUGGUCAACGGCUUCGACACCUUCGUCGCCGAUGUUGUCCCGCAGUCCGCGCAGGCACCUCCUCAGCUACCAUCCCAAGCAUCCACUGAGCUCAACGUUAAAGGGCGUCUGGUGAGGAGCGCACAAGUUCGCGCGAUGGAGCUGGCAGCAGCGAAAACCAGGACGAAGGUGAAUGUCGAUGUACAUAAACGCCUAUUACAGCGUCCUGUCGAGACAGAUGCCGCUAAGCGACGAGCACGGCUACUUCUCCAAGCCGCUGGGUUCUUGGAUAUUGAAAAAACCAUUGAGCAUUCACCGGCAGCGAAUACGCCCAGUCCUCUCACCCCGCAGCUACGAAUGACCAAGAAAGGGUUCAAAGGGUGUCCGGCCAUUUCCACCCUCCCUUGCAGUAGAUGCAAGCGCGUCAUCCGGGGGAGUAUGUAUCAAGCCACUGGUGGAUCCACCCAGACCAUCUGCGAAGAUUGCUACUGGGAGCACCAUUACGGAGAUCCUGCGUACAUCAAACAAUACAAGCAUUCCAUUGCGUCUCAGGUCGACGAGCUCAUGAGUAAGCAUACUUCCUGCCGUUCCUGUCGCAAAAAUUCGGAUAAGAUUCGACGACCAUCUGGGCUGCCGGGCAAAACCGGGGUGCAUAAGUUGGCAGACGCAAAGUACUUGGGCGUCCAGGAAGCACAGAAUAAAUCAGGUCUUUCGGGCCGACCUACUCCCUUGGCGAAGGUAAUUCACAAUGAUUACAAUAGUCGGUCUGGGACUUCAUUUGCCGCUUCGAGGUCUGACAAGCUGCAUCUGGUCGGGGAGGAGUGGCUGUACAAGGAUUUUGUGCAGGAGAACCCAUGGAAGAACAUCCGUGUGGCCGUUCGAGUUGGACCACUGGUGUUUGAGAACGGCAGUAAAGAGAGUCGAAAUGGGGCCGGAAUAUCCAUUCGCGAUCCGAUUUUCGGACAAGGGCACCAAAGGGUUAACGGCACUUGCCUUGCCGUCUGUGGGGAAAAUGAGAGGCAGCUAUGGCGCUAUGUCCGCCCUCUUCCUUGGAAGCGAAAACGCUUCCAAGCGGUUCUGAAGCAAGUCGUUGGGACUCCUUUCACCGGUUGGCCGUUAUCGCCGGCAGAGGAUGAGAUCAUUACGCUGCUGGUGAAAGCGAGCAACGACGACAUAGAGGGUGCAUGUCAGGAACUGCACGACAAAGUCAAAGCGUUUCUCAGCCCAUGGGUGUCGGUCUACUUCGAAAGCAUUGUGGGCAGCUUGCUCGACACCAAGACGAGACUCGCAUGGGACGGAUUGACCAAUAACUGCCAGCAAUUCUGUAACUCGCUGAUCGACUGGGAACUCUUUGGACCACUUGUCGCUUCGUCUUCAGUCACUAUCUCGACCAACGACCCCCCGCAGCCACUCUACCGCAUGAGCUUCGUCUGUCGCCCUCGUGCAGCACAGGAUCCGUUCAACCACCCAAACAGCAUCACCAACGUCCCAUACGGACUGACCGAGGAGUAUACCCGUCGCUUUCACUUUGGCUGCUACACCGGCCCCGACUUUAUUGAUUCUCUGCAUGAGUACUGGUACGACUGGGCCGGAUUCCACAAACCCCUCUAUCCCCAUCAAUCCCUCUUCCCCUGGGACUGCACCGAAGCACUCCGCCGCUACCCGGUCAAAUGCGGGACCUGCACACUCUCCAAACACGUCUGGGCCUUCCCCUUUGACUCCUGGUCAAUCAUCGCCUUGCACCUCUCCAGAGACAAAUGCGCCUAUCCCGCGUCCGAACUAAGUCCAAAUUCCCCAAGCGACGCAUCAUGGAUAACCAACCGCCUCACUCUCCUCACUGCACUGGACACCCUCUCCGCCGGCGCAACAGCCAUGUCGCAGAGCCUACCCUUCCAGUCCGCAACGCAAUGGCUCCAUCUCCAACUCGACCCAUCAACCGAUCGGAUCAAACUCGGCGGUAUCAACCGCGCGCAACCAUACAGCCACGCGCUGGAGCGCCGCACGCACGACGACUUCUUCGUCGCGAAGUGGGUUUCGGAUGACAGGCUCCCCAUUCAAACCUACGAGGACAUGCGGGAGAAGCGAUACUCGCCGCGGACAGCCCAGGAACGGGAACUGGUGUUCUGGGGCGCGGAGGGGAGCGAUCCGCCGGGGGAGUAUGCAACUUGGGCGGUGGAGUACACCCGUAUCCCGAAUGCGAACUUUCCGGUGUCUGUCAGUUUCACUACUGGGUGUGGAGCUUGUGGGACGCAGGCCACUGCGGCUGCUUGCGGUGCCAACUGUGGUGCGAGCUGUGGGAGUUGUGGUGGAGGCGGGGGCGGGGGCGGGGGCUGCGGUAGCGGAGAUAGCGGAGGCGGCAGUGGGAGUGGAGGAGGAGGCUGCGGAGGAGGCAGCGGAGGUGGAGGAGGAGGGAGUGGAGGAGGUUGA